AUGAGAGCCACAGACGUUGUGUUCUUAUCAGCCAUGUCUGCAAUUGCUAGCGCGGCAGUCAUCACAUCUAAUGCAGAGACUCGAUCAUCACAUUUAUCGAAACGUAGUCCUGGUAAAUAUUGGACAGAUAUAUUUGAAAAAGGCAAUUUAAAAGGUAUUAGUUUAGAUUCCGAAUCAGAUUAUCAAAAAAGGCAAAGGCAAAAGCAAAUCAAAAAAGAGUACAAGGAUUUGAAGAGAGCUGCACAGAAGAGCAAAGAUAAAAGGAGAGAAGUCUGCUGGGAAUAUUUGAAAUCUUUAUCUCACACAUCGGCUAAAAGUGGGACACUUUCCUCUUCAGGACCAAGUCGACAGAAUAGUCGAGCAAGUAAUCACUCGGGAAAAAGUCGAGCAAGUAACCAUUCAAGAAAGAGUCAAGCAAGUAACCGUUCGACAGAAAGUGGAGAUAGCAUCCAGUCAGUAAAAGGUCAAAACAUAUCUGAAGAGGCAGAUGAGGAAGACGAAGAAGAAGAGGAAGAAGAGCAAGAAGAAGAGGAAGAAGAAGAGGAAUUGACUAAAGAUCUAAAGGAACAAUGCGAAAAGGCAAAGAAAGAGCGAAAGAGGUUAAAGUUGAUGAUAAUGGAAUUUGAAGCAAAACAUGGUCUUACACCAACAGUCGAAUACAAAAAGAUUGAAACUAAAUGA